GUCAUGUGAUGGAAAGCAGUUGUAAGACAGGUGCCCUCGGUUCAUUGUCAGUGAGGGGCGCGAGGGAACGAGUGGAUUUUCUCUUUUGCCCGUGAUUUCUUUUUUAUUUUUUCGUACCGUCAUUCAGUGGCUGGAUGGCGUGGGACAGGUGUAAUCAGGAUUCGGUGUGGAGAGAACUAGAGUGUGCUGCCUUGGUUGGUGAAGACCAGCCCCUUUGCCCUGACCUGCCUGAGCUUGACCUCUCUGAGCUGGAUGUCAGUGACCUCGAUGCAGAUAGUUUUCUGGGAGGACUCAAGUGGUACAGCGACCAAUCAGAAAUCAUUUCCAGUCAGUAUGGCAAUGAAGCAUCGAACCUGUUUGAGAAGAUAGAUGAGGAAAAUGAGGCCAACUUGCUGGCAGUGCUCACAGAAACCCUGGAUAGUAUCCCAGUGGACGAAGACGGGUUGCCUUCGUUCGAGGCCCUGGCAGAUGGGGACGUGACCAAUGCCAGUGAUCAGAGCUGUCCUUCCACCCCAGACGGCUCGCCACGCACCCCAGAGCCAGAGGAGCCUUCCUUGCUGAAGAAGCUCCUCCUGGCGCCUGCUAACUCCCAGCUCAGCUAUAAUCAAUACCCAGGUGGCAAGGCACAGAACCAUGCAGCCAGCAACCAACGGAUCAGACCAACACCUGCUGUUGCCAAGACAGAAAACCCCUGGAACAGCAAACCACGAGGGUCCUGUCCAAACCGGUCCGUGAGACGCCCUUGUACUGAGCUGCUCAAGUACCUCACCUCUAGUGACGAGGCCUUCCAGACCAAAGCCAGGGAAGCCAAGAGCACCUGGACAGGUUGCUGCAAGGACAGGGGAGGGGCUUGCACGUCCUCCUGCUCAUCUUCUUCCUCUCCAUCGUCCUCGUCCACCUCCUCUUUCUCCUCCCUGUCGUCCUGCUCCUCUUCCACCGCCUCCAAAAAGAAGACGUCCUCUGCCUCCCCAUCAUCACAGCAGCAGCAGCAGCUGGCAGUGCAGGCCCAGCGAGCCAAACCCACCAUCUUGCCACUUCCUUUGACCCCAGAGUCUCCAAAUGACCACAAGGGAUCUCCGUUUGAGAACAAAACCAUUGAACGCACAUUGAGUGUGGAGAUCUGCGGAACCCCAGGUCUGACACCACCUACCACGCCUCCUCACAAAGCCAGUCAAGAGAACCCUUUCAAAGUAUCACUCAAAAACAAGCUGUCUUCAUGCUCUCCCUCGGCCCUGACAAGCAAAAGGCCCAGGCUGAGCAAUGGGGGCUCUUGCCCUCAGCCAACCAGCGGCUCUAUUCGGAAGGGCCCAGAGCAGACUGAGCUCUAUGCCCAGUUGAGCAAGGCCUCCUCCACAAUGCCCCUAGGGGGCUUGGAGGAGCGUCGGGGCAAGCGGCCCAUGCCCCGCGUCUUUGGCGAUCAUGACUAUUGCCAGUCCAGAAGCACAAAACGAGACAGCACCACCAUAGCUGCAGCGGUAACUGGGCCAAUGGAGGGCCGGCAUGUGGAAUGUAAAGACUCGAACAUGCCGACCUCCUGUACUUCUACAUCAUCGUUGUCUUCCGCCUCCCCUUCGUCUUCCUCCUUGGCCAGGCACCUUCAGGGCCUUUCCUCCAAAGCUCAGGAGGCUUGUCCGGACACGGAUGCUCACGGACAGGACCACGACUCCACUUCGGGCUCCAAAACGUCAGCGGAUGGCAGUUCUGUUGGAAGGAAACUACUUAGGGACCAGGAGAUCCGCGAAGAGCUCAACAAGCACUUUGGAAAGCCUCAACAAGCCUUCUAUAGCGGGGUAGUGGGAGAGCAGCGAGGCAUCGGGCCUCUCGAGGACAGUGACUCUGGGGACGACUACCCUGGUCUUCUUGAUGACUACAUACACCCGGGUCUGCCUGAUUUUGAGAACCUGGAGGUAGGCAGGGAGCGCCUGUUCUACUUAGGGGAAGGUUCACCACUCGAGCUGCUCCUCGAAGGGUCGCCUUCUAGCUCCCCUUCCAGCAGUUCAUUCUCAUGGAGCUCUCUCUCGCCUCCUUCCACUCAGCUCUCCCCACAGCACCUCCGCUGGCCACGCUCCAUCUCCCGCUCCCGCUCCCGUUCCACAUCUCACCACAGACGCAGAUCCCUCUCCAGGUCUCCGUACUCCCGCUCUGAGUCUCCCGACAGCCGUUCUCCCUCCUGGUCUCCUCGCAAUUUGGGCAAUAGCACUUUUAUUCCCAGGAUUUAUAGAAGCCCUCAGUCCCAGGCUCAAUCUAUUUUUGGUCGGAGACCCAGAUAUGACAGCUAUGAGGAAUACCAGCAUGAGCGUCUGAAGCGGGAAGAGUACCGACGUGACUAUGAGAAACGGGAAUGUGAGAGGGCUGAACAGAGGGAGAGACAACAUCAAAAAGCAAUAGAGGAGAGGCGAGUGGUGUAUGUGGGAUGUCUUCGCGCCAACAGCACACGCUCAGAGCUCAAACGCCGCUUUGAAGUCUUCGGCGAGAUUGAGGAGUGCACAGUCAACUUGAGACAUGACGGGGAUAACUUUGGCUUCAUCACCUACCGCUACACUUGUGAUGCGCUCGCUGCCCUUGAGAAUGGACACACGUUGCGCAGGUCGAAUGAGCCUCACUUCGAGCUCUGCCUUGGUGGACAAAAGCAGUACAGUAAAUCGAAUUAUACAGACUUAGAUUCCCAUUCUGACGACUUUGAUCCAGCCUCCACUAAAAGCAAGUACGACUCCAUGGAUUUUGACAGCUUGUUGCGAGAGGCCCAGUACAGCCUGAGAAGGUAAUGAGCUGCACCGCCGCACCGGCUGCCUGCGAAGAGAGGGAUUCGCAAUACCUCACUGUUGUUUCUCUUCUUUUGAAUACAAGACUACGAGACGUUUUACACUUUAUCGAAGUGGAAAGAGUAUAUAUAUAUAUAUAUAUGGACGAAAAAGCUCUACGUUUAUGAAGGGAUAUCUACGUGUAUCUGCAAGCAAAGUUUACAUGAACCUAGCUGCUGGGAGAGACUUUACCUGUGGGAAUAGCCAGUGAAGUAGCCGACGCUGCUUUAGUGGACUACACAGAUCCGCGUGGAAGGCUCUGGAAGAGACAGAUCUUCGUCGGAGCCGGCUCCACGCGCCCCCCAUCGCCCUCGGCACUUCUGAGAGGUGAAGAGCGCAGCUCGUUCGGUCGGUUUUUAUUGUUUGGAGUUUAUUUUUGCGGGCUCUUUCCGUUCCUUUUUUUAAUCUGGUUUGGGGAGAAUCUCUCGGAGGUGACAUGGUCUACAUUUACCGAGGGGGUGAGGGGUGGAUGUAGUCGCCUAUUUACAAAACGAAUAUUUUUAUUUGACGUGCAUAUCAGCGUUCUUAGUUUGUUACAGCUAUGCACUGUAAAAUGCAGCCUUUUUAAGACGAAAUUUUCUUAAUCGAGAAUGUUGAUCUGUAGUCAUUACGAUGAUGUGUAACCUACAUGGCGUUUAGAUGACGUGAUUUGAUUGUAAAAAUACGUAUGGAGAUUUGCCGCUCUUUUUUGGGGGAGCAUGCAACCGUCUUUUCCGUUUUUUAUUUCGACUCCAGUUUCAUCUCGAAGUUCGACUACUCAGUGUUUUCCGUAUAUACAUGCAGCGUGUAAGAUAAAGUUUAUGUUCACUAUUGUGUAUAAAAAAAAAAGACGAAAAAAAAAAAAAAAAAUAAGAAAAGCCCCGAGAUAUUUUUUUAUCCUUUGCGUCUUGAAGGAAUCGAGAGUUUUUAUUUAAUUUUUUUUCUGUGCACACGAAUCAUUGUUAUCGUUCUCGUUUGAUAAUACACUUUCACAAAGAGAUGAUUGCUCUUCUAACACAGAAUUACUCGUUGCUUAUUUAUGUAUUUAUCUCAGUAUUCUAAUCAAAAUAUUUAUGGCAGCCAUCUCACGUGAUGCGCCUUACAAAUUUUGCUAUUUAUAUUAUUUGUUAUUCAACAAUCACUGGAAAGGAUGUAAAUUUAAAAGUUCUAAGAAAUAUCGUUUUUAUAUAUGCCUUCGGAGAUAGAACAAAAACAUAUUGUAUGAUCACGUUUUAGGCUUACGAUGAACUCUGCUGCUCAGACUCGUUUGAUUUUCUAGCUCUGAAACACUUUCAUCCCCCCUUUUUCAUCUCUUUUUUUAUUACAUGAAGCAAUAAAAUGAUUUUGCAGGUAUUUUGUUGUACCACAGAGAAUCUGUGUCUUUGCUCCACACCUUUGAUUAUGUGAAUGCCAAACUGAAGUUUACAAUUUUUUUCUUUCCUGAAUUUUUUAAAAAGAAAAAAAAUAUGUAUUUGAUGUAAAAAAACAAAAAAAAUAUAUAUAUAUAUAUAUAUAUAUAUAUAUAUAUAUAUAUAUAUAUAUAUAUAUAUAUAUAUAUAUAUAUAUGUAUGUAUGAUCCUAAUCUUGUCAUUACUCACAAUAACAAAAAGUAAUAAUAAAUAUGAAAAAUGUGAAUUAAAAAAGAAAUAAAUAAAAAUAAAAAAGCAAUAAAUAUUUUUUCAAAUCUGUAUUUUAGCUCAUGUUGUUGUAUGGUUUUAGACAUGACAAAUUACCCAGACUCUGUUCAUUCCAGUGCCUCGACACAGAUCGACACAGAAAGAGCAGCUUGUGUGUGUGUGUGUGUGUGUGUGAGAGAGAGAGAGAGACAGAGAGUACGAAUCUAACACAAGCAAUGACUUAAAGGGUUAAAAAGCCAAAAAUUGCAUCUGUGAGCUCGAGUCUCUUUCCAAAGCGAGAGCUAUUUUUGUCUUUGCUGUGGUUUGAAGGUACCUCAGAGGAACUGUAAAUAAUUCAAAUCGCCCGAACACAACAGGCCCUUGUCACCGACACUCAAACUGACCUCUCUCUGUCAAUUAAAGACCGGUUCCGUUGUUGUGCCGAUCUGUUUUUGAAUGCGAAACCCACAUUGAAUUUCUGCACUUGGAGGCAUGGAGAGAGCGUGAUUUUCUGCACAGAGCUUGGGUAUGACGUCAUGUCGCGUGUGGCUUUAAUCGAUGCGACGCGUCCGUUGCAAAUCUGCUUUGUAAAUUGCUGUAGCAAUAUGUUACAACACCCGAUGGGGUGUAUCUUUUCGGAGUGGCGGACUUUUUACCAUAGUAAAAACUACCGAAGGACUCGCCACCGCUUUGGAUUUUUUUUUUUUUUUUUUUUCGUUUUCCUUUUUUUUUUUGGUGUUUCCAUGAAGAAGCAGAUCUAUCUAAAUGAGGCUGUGUGUGGUUUUGUGUGUGGAUUUGACAGAGUGUGUGUGUACUGGGGGUCAAGGGGACUGUGUUUGGCUGUUAUCUUCUCUUCGUCUCCUAUCCAUGUUGCCUUCUGCUGAGUCCUAACCAAUGCCUUUGUAGUUGUACGUAUUGUACAAUCUUUGUUGUGAAUUUUCGUUUUUUUUUUAAUGUGUAGUUUUCAUCAGCCUCACCAUGCCAAUAAAGGGAUUUGUGUCUAAA